AUGUACGCAGCAAACCGCGUGAUCGUUGUGGACAUAGGAUCUCAGGAUGGCUUUUUGAAAGGUGGUCGCCUCAUCUACAAAGCUAACUGUUCCACGGGAGACUACCAUGGACAGAUGCAUGGUGUGAUCUUUGAAAAGUGGAUAAAAGAGCAUGUGCUGCCAAAUCUACCUGAUGACUCUGUUGUAGUGAUUGAUAACACGCCUUAUCACGAGGAACAGGUAGAUAAAGAACCCAGUAAAAGGGCUACAAAACGCGUCAUGAUAGAGUGGCUACAAAGACAUGAGGAAUCCUACGAUGAAAAGGCGACAAGAAAAGCAGUGUUGUAUGAAGCGGUUCAAAGAUUGAAGCCACCCAGAAAGAUCUACAAGAUUGACAACUUGCUGAAAGAAAAAGGUCACACUGUGUUGAGACUUCCAUCCUACAUGUGCGACCUCAACGCUAUUGAGUUUGUCUGGGCUCAAGUGAAACAAUAUGUUCGACACAACAAUGCUUCAGGUGAAGAUGGUGAUGAUAGUUCCAGCUCUGACAGUUCGGAUGACCCUAGUGACCCUGAGUCUGAUGAAGAAUUAGCAGUACCAUUGCCGAUGGACACUGAUACAAGCACAGAGAACAAAAUGUUUUCUAAAUGA